GCACAGACUGCAUUAUUUUCAUAUACGAACUACUCAAGUGUGAAUCUAGCAUUGUAAUCGAAGUUGUAUUGAUGUAUACAGUCCUGGAUGUAUACACUCAGAACUUUUGAUCAAAAUUAUUUGCACUUCUUUCGACACGUAAUGUAGAACUGCAUGCAGUAUAAGGACCCCGGGUAAUGAAAACUUGUUACGUAGACUCAGGAUAUUGCUAAAUUCUACCACGUCACUGCAUAUAGUUUGAACUUGCAUGAACUGGCCAUUGGCUUCUAGUACACAUCAGCUGAUCACUCUUUUAAGUUUUAUUGCAUGGACAUCAAUUGGGUAUAGGCGCAGUAGAAUGGGCUCGUGUUUGUAAUAAGCAAGAAAUCCGAUAUUUGCACCAAUGGCUGAGAAGACCAAGGAAGAGAAAGCUUCAAGCUCUUCAGAGAACCUGACGUGUCCACUAUGUCUUGAUAUCUUCGACGAAGCAACCAUCCUGACUUCAUGCGGACACACCUUCUGUCGGAAAUGUCUCAAGAACUAUGAUCUUUCCCACCAGGAUCUCGAUCACAUGAUCUGUCCGCUCUGCAGGAAGAUCACCAAGUUGUCUGUGAACCGUGUCGAUGAUUUCCUCACCAAUGUGACUGUCAACGGACUCGUAGACGAUUACCAUGCCAAAUGUGGAGGGAUGAACGCUGUCCUUGAGAUGCGUCCACAAUGCACUGCUUGCAAGUUUCAGCAAGAUGCCGCCUCAUUCUGCAGAACAUGUAACAACUACAUGUGUGAUGGGUGCCUGGAUUGUCAUCAACGUCUUACAGUCUUCUUUGAAGGACACGAGAUUGUAUCCAUACAGGAUAUCAUCAACGGGAAGGUCAGCAUUGGUCAUCUACCCGAGAAGUGCUGCAUCCACAAACAAGAGAACACAGAUAUGUUUUGUGAGGAUUGUAAGGUCCAUGUCUGUCACAAGUGCGUGAUCGUCGGUCAUCAAAAUCAUAACAUCAAGAAUCAGACCGACUUCGAGCAGGAGCUACGGGUUAAGGUGAACGACCUUGUCCAGCGUUGUGCCGCUAAGAAAUCAGAACUGGAGAAGAACAUUCAGAAUGUGGAAGUACAACGCCAUGAAGUAUAUACUGCCGUGCAGAAACUACUGGACGAUGUCAGUCAAGCCUACAGCAUCAAGGCCAAAGAGCUUGAAGAAAAUCAUCGAAAUCUCAUCGAGCAAAUCAAUGCAGUAAAGCGGAGUUUCCAUGACGACCUCAACGUCUUGAAAUCUAAGAAUCGACAGAGGAUUAAGAGUAUUUGUAGUUCAAUAACACUGGUAUCUAAUGACAGACUGGGUCGUCUUGAGACAGACAGUCUGUCUGCUCAUACCUUGCUCUGUGAUGAGCUGGAUGCCAUGCUGAAGGAGGCUAUUGAUCACACUUCUGCGGCAGCCAUUACGAAGAAAGCACAAUUGAAGAGGUUCAAGCCUGCAGAUGAUACUCGUCUUGAACUCGGUAGCAUCUCAGAAUCAGAUCCCAGGGUACAAGUCAUUCAGUGUGUAGAUCUACGGGGAUUCAUGUGGGGAAUGACCCAGUACUCUGAUGAUAGUGUGGCUAUCGGAUAUAAUGGUACAGAUGGUAUAGAUAUAAUUGAUUCAGGUGGUAAAAAGCACCAGUAUGCCAACAUACCAAGUAAAAUGAAGUAUUUUGAUCUUGUGUUUCAACAAGACAGGUCGUUGUGCAUAUCGACGAGUUACACAGAAGCACACAUUUUUUCUCCCAAUGGAUCAAGUAAAUCAACCAUCCACGUGCAUAAAAGUGGCUCUACUCUCAAACUAAACAGAAGUCCAUCAGAUGAAAUCCUUAUCGUUACCAAUGAGAAGCAAGUCUCUAUAUAUGACCCGACUGGAUCCACUCUCAAACACACGGUUCCAACAAAACACAACCAGACAAGGCAGGUAUCUGCUACCAGGUCGGGUUUGAUCGUCACGAGUUCAUGUAACACUAAACCAAGCGUGGUGACGGUCUAUGACAGGGAUGGGAAUGCUGGUAAGACUCUACAAGCUCCAAACGGUGUCCUCCUGUAUGCUGCCAUGGAUGAGCACGACAAUGUGUAUGUAGCGAGUGUUGAUAGUAAGAAGGGUAACGUGGUGAUCAGGCUGUAUGACCUUGAUGGUCUGAACCUGAAGGAGAGAGUUGAGUUCAAUGUACUUAGUCUGAAGCUUGGUUUUAAUUGGUGUUACCUGGUUUCCCUCUCUCCAGACAUGCUCGCGUUUGCUUGUAGGUACAAGUUGUAUUUUAUCAAAGUAUCACUGUAAUACAUGUCACACUCUAUAUUACCAUUAUUGUUGGUGUGUAUACCUCACUAUCUGACUCUCUGCUCCAGCCCUUCUCUAAUAUCGGCCUAUAAUGUGUCAUUCUAUAUUGUUUUAUUAUGUGAUAACUAACCGAAUGAGACGAUGCCUAUUCUCUCGAAAGAUUAUAAUCGCUUGUAUAAAGUUGUCAUUAUCUAAAAUAAUGAUAAAGUUUCUCUCUCGAAAUUUUAUAUAAAUACAUACAAUAUAAAUAUGCUUCUUGCAUAGUAUAUCUUUUUCACUAUGAUAUUUAAAGAGAUAAUUGGUACUGCAAAUCAUAUAGAUUAAUAUCGAAUACAGAGUUACAGACACACGGUUGAAAGUUAAUUUUUACUUGACUGAGCGCUUUUUUUCUUCCAAGAUAAAUCUCUUUAGUAUGUCAGUAUUCGUUGCUAUAUUCUUCGAUUGAAAUAUCAUUUGUUUGUGUGUGUGACAAAACACAUACUUACUAAAUAUCGUUCCUAAGAGCAAAAAGUAUUUGUCAAACGUCUGAUAUGAAUAUUUCCUUCUGUUUUCCUUUUGUUUCAUUGUAGCAUAAUUGGAUGCUACUUUAAAGCAAUUCAAAAACUUUAGAGACUUUGAAGUUGAAUCUAAGAGGUACCUAUCAUUUGAGAUGCAAGAAAUAGAAGCAGGUGAAUUGAUAAAAUAUUGAUUAACUUCUUAAAAGUGAUAUUUCCCUUAUGUUGUUAUUCUCAAAGUAUUUAAACGUUUAUUUUGUUUGUGAUUAUAUUUCUUGAUAUUUAAUGUAAUUGCUUUUUAUCUUUAGAUGAAUAAUAAUUCAUACUGACUUUGGAAAUAGGCCCCCAUUAUAAAAAACUUUCCAGCUCUCAUGGGUCAUCCUGUCAAAUUAUUUGUAUGACUGUUUUGGUUUCAUUUUAUGAUAUCAUUUUACUCUUCGUAGUUAUGCAAUAUUGAACUUGACCUAUGCAUCAAGCCAAAUUUGUUUAAAAGCCUUACAGGACCAUGAUGUAAAUAUUGCUGCAUUCCAUUAACAAA